AUGAAUCAGCAGUCACCCAAAGAAAAGGCAGAGGCUUUGAUCGGUGCUCUAGAAAAGUAUGGCCAAGGUGACUACAUUGGGGAGUCGAUUAGCCAGUUAGAACACUGUCUGCAGGCGGCUCAUCAGGCCCAGAAAGCGGAUGCUCGUGAAGAGUUGGUAAUUGCAGCUUUAUUACAUGACAUUGGUCAAAUUAUCCCUUUGGAAUCCACCAAGGAGGCGCGCAUGAAUCUUCGCGAAAGUACGGAAAAUGUCGGCCGGGUCGGCCAUGAAGCUAUCGGGGCAUCAUAUCUUCGAUCUCUUGGAUUCAGCGAGGCAGUGUGUCGCUUGGUAAAUAGUCAUAUCGCAGCAAAGCGGUAUGUGAUCCUCAGCGUGGCUUUUGCGAGCCCAGACUCACCUUUUAGGUACCUGACUGCUACUGACCGAGGAUACUACGAAUCUCUAUCAUCUGCCUCGCAGAAAUCGCUGGCUUUUCAAGGCGGCCCUUUUCGAGAUGCGGACCUCAAAAAUUUUGAGGAAGAUCCACUUCGAGAUGACAUGGUCUCGCUUCGACUAUGGGAUGAUGCUGCUAAAUUGGACGGAAUUGAGGCUAUCACACCCCGUGCUGGAGUAUACCUGGACAUGAUAAUCGCGCAUUUGCUUCGCGAAGGCUGA